GUGGAUGUAUGUGGCAAAAUCUUACAAAUAUUAUCCCAUAGCUCAAUUUCGUCUUCGAAGAAACAAAAACAAUUGUUACUGCAUACUUCCACAAACCGAGGCAUGUGAAAGAAAAGACCAUAAUCUUUUAGAGACACCGCAAAUCUAGCAUACCAGCCAUUUCUAAGGCAUCGUGGUCAUUCGCUCUCCAGUCGGAUUAUCGUGUCUGGCACUAAAUCGAACAUCAGAUUAUCGUGUCUCCCGGAUUAAUAGAACGAAGGAGUGCGACGUGAAGCACCGGGACCGGCUGGUCCUGCAGGACUUUCUCGACUCCGAGGCGCCCUGAGGUCCACGUUGACUCUGGUUCCACGUAUCGAGCUUGCUUCAUUCCAACCCCCAUCCCAUGCAAUCCGCAGCUUCCUCCUGCUCAGAACAUCAAACGUUCCCUUACGUACACCUCGCGUCGAUUGACCUACAAAAUCUUCCCUCCCAUUUGCUGGAUCAUCCUUGGACUUUGAUAUCACUCCGUUACAUAUCGAGUGCUAUACUUUAACAAUAAUCAAUAACAAAAAAGUUAUUCUCCAACGAUGGCCGCCGAAUGUAGAUGAUUUCAUGCGGCAGUCAGCAGCAGGACACAUCUUCUUCUUUGCUUGUGGCGCGUUGGAAUUCGCAGGACACACCUUCUUCUUUGCUUGUGGCGCGUUGGAAUUCGCAAGUGUUAUCACGGGGCGAAGAUUGUUGGACAGUAUGUUUCUCGAUCGAGACUCGAGACGAAGAAGUGUGAAGGACUGUCUGUCUUGCGAUGGAGAUGGGCGAUUCCGAAUUGUCGGAAUAAGUCUCCUGCCGGCCGCGAAGAGCGUCUAGGGUCACGUUGCUUCGGCAUCACGGUCGGGAUCU